ACUGGAGUCUGAGCAAAGUGUGGGGAGUACCCAAGUGGGGCCAGAGAGAAGGACAUCGUGUGCAGCAGCGAGGAGCCCGCGGAGGUACAAGGGGAGGGGUGGCUUGGCCUGCUGUUUGGGCAGGAGAGGAGGACAGCUGCUGCAGGACAGCUGCUGCAGUCCAGGACACUGAUGGUGCUUGGACUCCAGCCUCUAAGCUUGGACCUGCCAGCCUGGCUUCCCGGAGCCGACCUGGACAGAGUUGGCGGCCAAGGCCUGUGUUUCCCAUAAGUCCAAAGGUGGCUUUGUCCAGAGCCAUUCAUUGGGCUCUCUGGCUGGGUCAACAAUGCAGCUCUCCAGCCUACCCCACCAACCCCGCUGAGACUUCAGGGACUCAGGCCUGUCCACCCUUGUGGUCAAGACCAGACCAGCGAGAAAAGGAACAUGGCGCUGCUCUGGGGGCUCCUGGUGCUCAGCUUGUCCUGCCUGCAGGGUUCCAGCGUGGUGUUCUCUCCUGCCAGCGCCAUGGAGCCCUUGGACCAGCAGCUAAUGAGCGGGCAGACCCAGGAAAAGCUGCCCCCGCUUACCCUCCUCAAGUUGGGCAACCAGGAGGCCCAUGGCCAUACUGCCCUGAAGAAGUCCCCAAAGGACUGCAAGGGGGCCCCAACUCCGGAGCAGACCCGCAGGUUGGCCCAGGCCAUGAUGGCCUUCACCACAGACCUGUUCUCCCUGGUCGCCCAAAGGUCCACCAGCCCCAACCUCAUCCUGUCGCCUCUGAGUGUGGCCCUGGCCCUGUCUCACCUGGCACUAGGUGCUCAGAACCAGACACUGCGGAGGUUAGAGCAGGUGCUGCAUGUGGACUCAGGGCCCUGCCUCCCUCACCUACUGAGCCACCUUUGCCAGGACCUGGGCCCUGGGGCAUUCCGAUUGGCUGCCAGAAUGUACCUGCAGAAAGGAUUUCCCAUCAAAGAGGAUUUUCUGGAACAAUCAGAACAGCUCUUUGGUGCAAAGCCCGUGAGCCUGACGGGUAGGAAGGGGGAUGAUCUGCUGAACAUCAACCAAUGGGUGAAGGAGGCUACAGAAGGGAAGAUUGAGGAUUUCCUCUCUGAGCUGCCAGAUGACACAGUGUUGCUUCUGCUCAAUGCCAUCCACUUCCAGAGUUUCUGGAGGAGCAAGUUUGAUCCAAGUCUCACCCAGAGAGACAGUUUCCACUUGAACGAGCAGUUCACGGUGCCCGUGGACAUGAUGCAUGCCCACACAUACCCCCUGCGUUGGUUCCUGCUGGAGCAGCCCGAGAUACAGGUGGCUCAUUUUCCGUUUAAGAACAACAUGAGCUUUGUGGUCAUUAUGCCCACCCAAUUUGAGUGGAACGUGUCCCAGGUGCUGGCCAACCUGAGCUGGGACAUCCUGCACCAGCCCUUACUGCGAGAGAAACCCACCAAGGUCCGGCUGCCCAGGCUGCAUCUCAACUAUCAGCUGGACCUGGUGGCCACCCUCAGCCGGCUGGGCCUGCAGGAACUGUUCCAGGCCCCAGACCUGCGUGGGAUCUCUGACCAGAGGCUGGUGGUCACCAGCGUGCAGCAUCGGUCCACGCUGGAGCUCAGCGAGGCUGGCGUGGAGGCGGCCGCCGCUACCGGCACGGCCAUGUCCCGCAUGUCUCUCUCCUCCUUCAGCGUGAACCGCCCUUUUCUCUUCUUCAUCCUUGAGGACACAACCAGCCUGCCCCUCUUCGUGGGCAGCGUGAGGAACCCCAACCCCAGCGCGGAGUGGGAGCGCAAGGAGCAGCAGGAUUCGCCGGACGACAGGGACAACUUCCAGAAUCAGAAAGCCUUCCCCCGCGGAGACAAGCCCUUCGGUCCUGACUUGAAACUUGCUCCCCCCUCAGAGGAGGACUACCCCCAACUUAAUUGCCCCAAGUGAGAGGCCAGCUGCCAGCAUCCUGAGUCCCUGCCUGAAACAACCUCUCCACUCCUGGGACUCUUUCCAGACGGCGUAGUGGGAUUACAGCAGGGGCCUGGGUGGGCAGUCUGGGAGCGGAGAGGGAGUCAUCUUCUCCCGUCUCCUCUCCUCUCCCGGGGAGUUUGGGGUGGGUGGGGCCAGGUCGAGAGCAGGACUCCGGGAAUAACGGGUCUGGAUCCCACAUCCUUUCUUCCAAAGUGGCUCAAAUGUUGUCCUUGUUUGGGGCUUGGGCAAAGGGACAGCUGUAGGUCCACUCUUGUCAGGAAGGUAGGAAGGUCUUUCCCAAAGCUGGCUGGGGCACUUCCAUGUUUGUUUACCAGAGAAGGGGGGACAGGAGGGAUUGGAUACCUUGGCUAGGGAGAGGAGAGUUAGGCCCCCAGCGGUGGAGCCCUGUCUGACUUUGUGGGUGGGGGCCUAGCCUUCCAUAUGGGCACUUCUGCCAUAACGCGCCCCUGGCCCUCCAGCCUCCACCUGCCCUGAUGCUCCUGUCACCACAGACUCCCCGCUGCUUCUAGGAGAUACCAACAUUGCCAGGACUCUCCCUUCCUCCUCUCUCCCCUUCUUCCACUGCCCAGGUGUCUCAGGGGCUGAGGCGGGAGGGGAGGGCAAUAGUUCCCUCGGGCUCUUUUGUAAAGUUUUUGUAGUGAUUUUUAUGACAUCCGAAUAAAGAAUGAAUGGCCCUG